GACACUCCCAUGUGUAUUUGAAGUUUAAGUCUUGUCAUAACCUCAAAGUUUUGUUGUUCCCGACCGAAUUGUUCUGGUUUUAUCGGAGAAUACGUUUUGUAUUAUUGAUAUAAUUAUGAUAAUUUAAAGUAGUAGAUGUUUAAAUAUGGAGGUAUAUCCAGGUUUGAUAAAAACUAUAAAUGAUGACGAGGAAGUGGAAGAUUUUUCUGAGGAAUCUGAUGAAGAAGUAGAGUAUCAACCAUCAAAGCAGAAAAUAAAGAGAAAAGCUGAUUUUAAUCCAAAAUUCCAAUUUGUGUCAUCAGUAGAGGAAUAUAAUAAGAACACAUGGGACGAUUUGCACAAAUAUGUGAGAAGGAAUGUGAAACAGAGCAUCGAUGAGAAGAUAGAGAGGCGGAGGGCGCAGGUCAGAGUGAAUGGGAAUGCUGAUGUUGAUACCGAUUCUGAUUUGGAUGACAAAGAUGGGGAAGUGGAUGAACUACAAAUAUCUGAUGAUGAACUCAAGAGGGAUGAAAUUAAAAUAAAAGAGAAGAAAAUCACCAAAAAGCAGAAGUUAAAACAGGAACUAGAAGAAGGCGAACCAGGCACGAAGAUAGAAUACGACUCGAAUUUCUUUGAAGAACCGCCGCCGUACGACGAGAACGCCACGUUCUACAUGAUGAACCUCUCUCGACCUCUGCUGAAAGCUAUAGGGACCUUGAACUAUGUCCAUCCUACUCCUAUCCAGGCAGCCACUAUACCUAUAGCUCUUCUUGGCAAAGACAUAUGCGCAUGCGCGGCUACGGGCACAGGUAAAACAGCGGCGUACAUGCUGCCGAUACUGGAGCGACUGCUGUUCAAGGCGGCCGGGGUCGACAGAGUCACCAGGGUGCUAGUGUUAGUGCCCACUAGAGAACUUGGUGCUCAGGUCCACGCCGUUACGCGGCAACUGUCUCAGUUCUCGUCUGUGACUGUCGGGCUGUCAGUAGGCGGUCUAGACGUCAAGUAUCAGGAAAGCGUCCUGCGCCGUAAUCCAGACAUAGUGAUCGCAACACCAGGUCGUCUGAUAGACCACAUACGGAACACUCCGUCUUUCAGUCUUCACUCCAUAGAGGUACUGGUGUUGGACGAGGCUGACAGAAUGCUAGAUGAGUACUUCGCGGAGCAGAUGAAGGAGAUCAUCCGCCAGUGCUCCCCCAAACGCCAAACAAUGCUGUUCUCGGCCACCAUGAGUGAGGAGGUCAAGGACCUCGCAGCCGUGUCGCUGAAGAAGCCUGUCAAAUUGUUCGUGGACUCGAAUAAAGAUGUCGCUUUCAAUCUGCGCCAGGAGUUUGUCAGGAUUCGUGCCGAGCGUGAGUGCGACAGAGAAGCCAUCUUGGCUGCUCUAGUGUGUAGAACUUUUCGCGAUCGCGUAGUUAUAUUCGUACAGACAAAGAAACAGGCGCAUCGCUUGCACGUGGCUCUAGGACUGCUUGGUGUUAAGGUGGCGGAGCUCCACGGAGCCCUAACCCAGCCCCAGCGUCUGGACUCCCUCAAGCGCUUCAAGGACGAGCUGGUCGAUAUACUGGUGGCCACUGAUGUGGCUGCCAGGGGUCUGGACAUACCUGGGGUUAAGAGUGUGCUCAACUUCACAUUGCCCGCCACGUUGGAACAUUAUAUUCAUAGGGUAGGCAGAACAGCGCGAGCGGGUCGCGCGGGUAUAUCAGUGUCUUUAGCCGGGGAAGGCGAGCGGAACCUGGUGAAGGCGAUAGUGAAGCGGGCCAAGCGUCCCGUCAAGUCCCGCCAGGUCCCGUCCGAUAUCGUGGCCAAGUACAGGGAGAAGUUGAAGCGGUUGGAGCCCGAGAUUGCGGCGAUCCUCGACGAAGAAUACGCGGAGAAGCAACUGAACAAAAUGGAACGGCAGACCGCGAAACUGGAGGGGGCCAUAAAGAAGGAGGAAAACGGACCAAAAUAUGAGGUGAAGAGGCAACACGACUGGUUCCAGACUCCCAGAGAGAAGAGAGAAGAGAAGGAACGAUUGGCCUUAACGCAGCAUACAGGGAAAGAAAAACAACAAAAACAGAAAGGCAAAGGCAAGAAACGCAAGCGGGACGGCGAUGACUCGGAAGACGAGGUCGCUGAGAACAAGAAGAAGAAGCCGAACAAACACAAGCCUAAGGACACGCCCGAGGAACGAGUCAAACGGGAGAUGGAGAAGGUUGCACUCCUCCAAUCAAGAAUGGCCAAAAGUAAGAAGAAACAACGCAGAAUUCGCGCCGUAGACAACGACGACCGUCCCCAAACUGUAAGACAACCAUCCAAAAAGAAAAAAGUCAGCAACUUCACCAAUGACCUGACAGAUACAUCCAAAAACGCAGCGAAAAGAUUGCGGUACGAUGCAAAUUUAGUACAGAAAGGUAAAAUGCCUAAAGGAGGACCGCAGCGAGGCAAAGGUUUUAAAGGAAAGGGCCAGCAGAAAGGAAAGGGACUCGCGAAAGGAAAGAAAGCGUUCGGUAAACCCCAAGCGCCGAAAAGUGGACGUAGAAAAAAUUAAUAAAUUGUGCCUUUAAA